UGCCCCGCCCUAUGCCGCUGUUAAUUGUGGGAUUGAAUCCCUGAAACGACAACAAACUGUCUUUUGCUGUUAUCUUGUGUAGAUAAGUGUUUAUUUUUUCAUAUUUAUGAGUGUUUCGUUACACCGCCUCUCCGGGAAAAGAGAAAUGGAAAAUGUGCAUCUAGCUCUGGAGGAGGAUGAUCUUUAUUCGGGUUACAACGACUAUAAUCCAACAUUUGACUCCGAGGAGUUGGAGAAUGAUGUUGGCUUCCAGCAAGCAGUGAGGACGAGUCAUGGAAGAAGACCCCCGAUGACUGCUAAAUUCCCUGGCACUGCCAUUGGAGCUCGGCCUUUAGUUUCUUCCUUUGGAUCUCGGAUCCCUAUGACCUCUUCAGUGGGCAGACCCAUGACUGGAGCUGUGCAGGAUGGAGCUACCCGACCAAUGACUGCUGUUAGAGCAGCAGGUUACACCUCCUCCCUGACCCGUGGCUCUACCUUUGACCCCCUUGGCCAGUCCAAAGGCCCUGCACCUCCACUUGAAGCAAAGAAUGAGGACACGCCUGAGGAAAAGAUCAAGAUCCUGGAGAAGAAAGUUAAUGACCUGAUAGAAGAGAGCUGCAUGGCACACAGCAUGGGAUCUUUACAACUGGCUCUUGAAAAAGCCAAAGAGGCAGGGAGGAAGGAGAGAGCACUGGUGAGGCAGAGGGAACAGUCUGGCAAUGCGGACCACAUCAAUUUAGACCUCACCUACUCACCUUUAUUGACAGUGAACAGUGUAGGGAGACAGAAAAGGCAGGGAAGAGAGACAGGGGAUGCCAUGCAGGAAAGGGCUGCCAUGGUUUUGCUUAACCUUGCCAACCAAUAUGAGAACAAUGAAAUGUACCCAGAGGCCCUAAACAGUUACCAGGUCAUUGUGAAGAACAAGAUGUUCAGUAAUGCAGGCAGACUGAAAGUCAACAUGGCCAACAUCUAUUUCAAACAGAAAAACUACCCCAAAGCCAUCAAAUUCUACAGAAUGGCACUAGAUCAGAUCUCCAAUGCUCACAAGGAAAUGAGGAUCAAGAUCAUGCAGAAUAUUGGCGUGGUGUUUGUCCGUAUGGGCCAGUACUCAGAUGCCAUAACGUCUUUUGAACACAUUAUGAGCGAGAGCCCCAACAUCAAGACAGGCUUCAACCUCAUCCUGUGCUACUAUGCCAUCGGUGAUAGGGAGAGGAUGAAGAAGGCCUUUCAGAAGCUCAUUUCAGUUCCUUUGGGCAUUGAUGAUGAAGACAAGUACAUCCCAUCUAAUGAUGACACCAGUUCAAAUAUGGUCACUGAGGCCAUUAAGAACGACAAGCUUCACCAAAUGGAGAGAGAUCUAAAAAUCCUGGCUGAGAAGUACAUCAUGACUGCAGCCAAGCUCAUCGCUCCGGCUGUUGAGACUUCUUUUGCUACUGGAUUUGACUGGUGUGUGGACAUGGUUAAGAGUUCUCAGUAUGUUGAACUUGCCAAUGAUCUAGAGAUCAACAAAGCCAUCACUUAUCUCAGACAGAAGGACUUCAACCAGGCAGUUGAGACGCUGAAAACAUUUGAAAAGAAGGACAGCAGAGUGAAGAGUGCUGCAGCCACCAACCUUUCUUUCCUCUACUUCCUGGAGAAGGACUAUGACCAGGCUGACCGAUACGCUGAUCUCGCCAUGACUGCUGAUCGCUACAAUCCAGCAGCACUUAUCAACAAGGGCAAUACUGUGUUCAUCAAACAGGACUAUGAAAAGGCUGCAGAGUUCUACAAAGAAGCACUGAGGAAUGAUUCUUCCUGCACUGAGGCCCUCUACAACCUGGGUUUAACCUAUAAGAAACUUAAUCGUCUAGAGGAGGCUCUGGACUGCUUCCUGAAGCUCCAUGCCAUUCUAAGGAACAGUGCCCAAGUCAUGUACCAGCUGGCCCAUCUCUAUGAGCUUCUGGAGGAUCCCCAACAAGCAAUUGAGUGGUUGAUGCAGGUCAUCAGUGUAACUCCCACUGACCCCCAGGCACUGGCCAAACUUGGAGAGCUGCAUGAUGGUGAGGGGGACAAGUCCCAGGCUUUCCAGUACUACUAUGAGUCCUUCAGGUACUUCCCCUCUAACAUCGAUGUGAUUGAGUGGCUCGGGGCAUACUACAUUGAGACUCAGUUCUGUGAAAAGGCCAUUCAGUACUUUGAAAGAGCCACACUGAUACAACCAACCCAGGUGAAGUGGCAGCUAAUGGUGGCAAGCUGCUACAGAAGAAGUGGAAACUACCAAAAAGCUCUGGAAACAUAUAAAGACAUCCACCACAAGUUUCCAGAAAAUGUGGAAUGUCUGCGUUUCUUGGUGAGGCUAUGCACAGACAUGGGAUUGAAGGAAGUCCAGGAAUACGCCACCAAGCUGAAGAAGGUGGAGAAGAUGAAGGAGAUCAGAGAACAGAGGGUGAAGUCGGGGCGAGAGGGCAGUGGUAGAGGUCGGAGAGAAGGCAGAGAGGGCAGCGCUGGGAGUGCUGGCAUCUCCACACCUGUCCUCACCUCUCCUAAGAAGGCCAGCACUAUGGGCAUAUCAGAGGAUGUCAAAGCAGUAUCUCAAUCUGAGUCUAAACAACUCAGUCCACUGUUGGACUCAGGGAAAGACAGCAGCCACAGCAGCAACAGCACUAAGGGGGAGCGGCUGAGCGCCAAGAUGAGGUCACUUCCUGCCUCCAGUGAGCCCUACGAGGCCAGCAGCCCAAAAGAACUAGAUGCAUCCUACAUGGACCCACUGGGGCCUCAGAUGGAGAGACCAAAGACGGGGGCCAAGCGGCGCACGGAGGAUGACGACUUCGCAGAUGAAGAGCUGGGAGACGACCUGCUGCCAGAGUAGGCUCUUCCACCCUCUGCCUCACCAGCUGCUGAGCCUGAUUUGUCACCUCUUUGUCACCUCUGAAAGGCCAGAGCGCAAAGCUUCUCCAUGAAACCAAAUUAUUUUAAACCCAGCUCUUCAGCUAAAAAUGUAAAUGUUACAGGAUAAAGACUUUAUUUUUCAUGGUAAUCAAUGAAGGUUCAGUGACUGUUAUUCCUUCACUGUUUACAUCAGCAGUUGUCCAGGAGUCGAAUGUCUUUACCUCUGUCAGAUUGGUCAACUUUUCCCUAAAUCUGAGUCACUUUACAUGAAAAACAGAUAGGCAUACUGCUAAUUUUUCAAUGGUAAAUAUUUAUACAUAUCCAUUUAGCAGAGGAAUGAAUGGUGAAACAUUCUACAAGAAUUUGGUUACAGUGCAGUCUGUAAAUAUUUGGACAGCUUUGUUUAACUCACAGCACAGUAAUCUGCAAUUAAAAAAUUACUGUUAUUUAAACUUUAAGAAAAUCAUCUGACUGCACUAUGUAACUUUGGUAAAGUGCCUAACUGAGUGAUGGUCAGUGGCUUAAAUUGUUGGAAUCAGGCCCUGCGCCAAAAGAUCAGCUAAAAACACUUAGAAUUCAUUAAAAAACAGUGUUCUCUGAUAUCCAGAGAGAAAACUUUGAAAAUGUCAACAAUUAUAAACAGAGUUUGGUGUGUUUGUUACAGCGACAGCACUUCCUGCUCCUGAAGCUGGGAAUCAUGGGUCAUGGGUGUUUUACCUCAGUGAAUUGGACUAUGCAGUCAGCGCUCUGGUCAAGCAAUUGAUAGGCUUUGUUGUCUUUAUAUGACCGGUUAGUUUCUAGGGGUAUGCUGCCUCCAGUACCUUUAACCAUUAAGAGUCCAGCACAAUUUAAUGUGCCAGUGUCCUGCGCUAAUUACCAUUUGUGGCUGCAGAGCAAAUAUUACAUAGCGUUGCUUUGAGGGUGCUUGCAUUCAUUUUGGAUGAAGUGUGUGGAAAUAAUAGACCUUAAUGGACACACUGUUCCAACCAAGAGUAAAUGGGUUACAAGGCCUGUGCAGUUCACCCAAAACAAAUGGCAAGACUUGCCAAAAAGGCUGAAAGUCUGCAUUUGUACCCCAGUGUCCCCUUUUCAUUAUAAAUUCAGUGUUGAAGCACAGAGCCAAAACAAUGAAAAACAUAUCACUGUCCUAAUAUUUUUUGACUGCACUGUAUGUUUCCAUGUGUGAGCCUGGGAACCUUCUGGAAAAUCCAUCAACACAACAUACCAAACAUACGUAAUACAUCCAUUGCAGGCCAUGUUGGUCAUUACUUUUUGUAUUUUGUACUAUUUUUUGUUGUAUAAUAUUUAUUUUUUCUUGUUUGUUCAUUUCCUUGUGGUUCAUUAUAUAAUUAAAAAAGAAAAUCUUU